AUGGCUGCCUAUGAAUAUUUCCCUUCUCCCCCUUCCCCCUUUGUCCACCCCAUCGCUCCCCCACCACCGCUUCAUGUCGUUCCUGCCCCACCUCACGUAGUUCCUCCUCCACCACCACCUCAUGUUCAUCCCCCUCCGUUCCACCCUGUUGCACCACCCCCUCGUGUUCCUCCACCAUCUCCUGACAAUGCUCCCACAGUGGUCAUAGUGGUCUUCGCCUCGUUCGGAUGCUUCUUCUUUGCUGCCUUCUGCUGCUUUGCUCUUUGGUGCUUUAUGAAGAAGAGGAGAGAGAAGAAGAGGAGAGAGAAGAAGACCGGGGCGGAUGCACUUGGUGCUUUAGCUGGGGAGAGUAGGCUCUUUGUCGAUGUAAAGUCAACAGAACAUGUAAACGAGGAGGAGGUCUCGCAAGCGGUUAUUUCCACCCGUUGUCAAGCUUCUCGAAAUGGACCUCCUAUUGAAUUUCCUAGCACGGUCGAACGGGUUUUGGAUAUAGGCUCGUCCAUGACUAGCAUGGAUUUUCACCCUGUUCAUGAGGCUCUGUUAUUAGUCGGGAAAUUAUCCGGAGAUGUGGACAUCUGGGACGUUGCUGCUUACAAGAAGCUGUUCAGAAGAGAAUUUGUGGUCAAGUCGUUAAUGGAGAAAAUGGAUAAAAAUCACAGCAUCUCCGUUAAUCGUGUACUGGGGAGCCUUGAUGGUUCUCUAUUUGGGGUUGCAUAUUCAAAAAACGAGUUGCAUAUGUAUUAUAAAAAUGGCAAUUCAUUUGAGAAGAAAUUGGAGAUCGACGCACAUAUUGGUAGUGUGAAUGAUCUAGCAUUCUCUAAAGCAAAUAAAAUACUUAGUUGUCAUAAGCUGUGGUGA